AAUAUAAACGUCGAGGAAGAUAGCAAAAUAAAAAAUAAAAAAGGGGAAACGAAGAAGCAUUCGAAGAGGAAGUGGAGAAUGGAUACCUUGACGGUACGGAGCAAACAAACCACGCAUCCAGUCGAUUAUAAGCCAGAACACGUUCCGCACGAUUUCGUUUGUGUUCCGUGCGACACACUCUGCGUUUACCAACAAAUUUAUAUAUAUAGAUAAUAUUUAAAAACAUUAUCAACAAUUGCAUUGUGAAAAUUAUAUUUUAUAAAACUUUAAAUUUUUACUAUCAUUAAUAGUGCAUUAUUUAUGUGUUGAAAUAAUAAAAUUUAUUGUUAAAAAACAAUAUAGUGUUUUGUUAAUUCAGUGACAGCAGGAAGUUGAUAAGACAAAUCGAAAUGUGUAACCUUUAUUUAAAUAUUUGUUUUAAAUAAACUUGAUUUUUAUUUCUCGUAUUUUUAAAUAAUUAUUUGCGGAAACACGUGAGUUUAUUUUUGACAUACACGUGUGCUAUUGUGCAAAGUAUUUCUAUUGACAGCUGAUUUGUGUGUAUUUAAUUGAACUAUUUAUUGUCAUUGACAUCUGUCAAAAAAAUAAACAAAUAUAGAAACAAAUAAACAUAUAUAUUAAUAAGACACCAUUUGCGAAAGUAAAUGGUGAAUCCGUGUGGAUGACCUUCCACGACCCGGCAUCGAUUGAAAGCGGCUGCGUUAACACACGUGGUCGCAAUCACGAAACACACAAAAGGGAAAUGUAUUUAAAUAAUUUUUUAUUUUGGGUCACAGUACUUGGACUCCAAACACUAUGCACUGCUGUUCCAGAUGAUGUUAGUAGUUUCAACCUGACGGAAAUUAAUUUAUCGCUGAAUAAAUCAAUAAAUUCUAUAAAAAAAAAUAAUGAAACAAUAUUAUUAUCAUCAUUAAUAAAUGAUACAUCAAUAAAUACAGUAAAAUUUUUGGACGUACCAAAGCAUACUAGUGCAACACUUGGUAAAUCAGUACUUUUAGAAUGUCGAACAAGUGAACCGGUCAUUGACUGUCAAUGGUCCUGGAGGCCACUUCCGCCAGUUCAUCUUCCCCUUCCUGAUAUUAAUCCAAUGGAGACAAUUAAUGAUACAUCAACAACGACAACAACAGUCAUUGACACUGUAUCACAACCAACACAACAAACAACACAAUCAUUACCAGUUAGAUUGUUUCCUGCAUUUGGUAAUAAUAAUAAUGAUUGUUCAGUUAGAUUUACUGAUACACAACAUGAACAAAUGGGAUAUUGGACUUGUGCUGCUAGAAAAUCAAUUGAUCAAUCAUUUGUCAGUACUGAACCAGCAAUGCUUAGUAUCAUUGAAAAGCCUGAAGUUUCAGUGACAUUUAUUAAAACUGAAAAUGCAACAGAAGCACCUGGUGGUUCAUCAUCUGAAAUAAUAUGUCGUACUGAAAAAACAGUCAAAGAAUGUCAAUGGUCAUGGAGAAUGUUUAAUCAAUCUGAAAUAUGGAAUUUAGAAGUUAAAAAAUUUCCAUCAUUUGGAAUUGAUAGUACUGAUUGUAGUCUUAAAUUUAAAAAUGUAUUAAGUGAACAAGAGGGUCUUUGGACAUGUGGUGCACGUAUUAAUCAAAAUGAUAUUUUUACUAAAACACAUCCCAUACGUUUUUUAGUAUCAGAAGUGGAAUUUGUGCAAUUAUCAAGUGGUAUACAAACAUCAGUUGGUGAAUCAGCAUUGUUGAAAUGCCUUGUGGAUAAACCAGUAAUUCAGUGUGAAUGGUCUUGGAAGCCAAUUAAUUCAAGUAGAGAACCAACAGUUAUCAAAAAAUUUGUGCCAAACAAUGAUAAUGAACAUGAUUGUUCAGUUAGAUUUAAAAAUGUAUUGUAUGAAGAGGAGGGUCUUUGGACUUGUGGUGUUAGAUUAACAACAAGUGGACAUCUUCAUGAAGCACCACCAGCUAAAUUAACACUAUUACCAUCAGGCAAACUUAGUUUUGUAGAAAUAUCAGAAAAUAAAUCAGCACUUGUUAAUACACCAGAAACACUUAAAUGUUUGGUAAAUGGAAAAGUUGAUAUUUGUACUUGGCUUUGGCGACCAUUAACUGUUGAUAUUGAAGCAACAAUUGUACGUGAAUUUACAACAACAACAAAUGGUAAAAAUUGUAGUCUUGAUUUUAGUCAUAUACAAAUUGAAAAUCAAGGCUACUGGUCAUGUCGAGUGACAAUAACAUCAUCAAACACAGUAUUAACAUCACCAUCAAUUAAACUCAUUGUAUCUGAUGAUCAAGAAAAAAUUGAAUUUUCUGAAUUAUCACAGGACAUACAAAUAGCAUCUGGUGGAAGUGUAUCACUAAGAUGUGUAACAACAUUAUCAGUUGAGCAAUGCAGAUGGUCAUUGACACCAGUUAAUUCAAAUACAACUGUUGUUGUUAAACAAUUUCCAGCAGUUGGUCCUGAGGCACGUGAUUGCAGUGUUAGAUUAAGUCAUGCACUUGCUGAACAAGAAGGUCUUUGGACGUGUGGUGCCAAAGUACAUGGAAAAGAAAAUUAUACAAAUGCAUCACCAGCAAAAUUAAGUCUACUAGAACCAGCAAUAGUAAUGUGGACAGAUGUACAUAGAAGAGUUACUUUAGCAUGUACACUUGAUCCUCAGCAUGAUCAUGAAACUCCAGCUGACCUUAAAUGCCAGUGGAUACAUGAUGGUAUUGAUAGAAGUAUUAAAAAUGAAUCAGCUUCAAUCACAAGAGAAGAAUUUUUCAUGAAUUACACAAAUGGAAUGUGUACUUUAAAAUUUAUACCACGUCAAAGUGAUUUUGGUAAUUGGAUUUGUCGUUUUAUCAUUGAUGAUGAUGAUGGACUGAUUGAAAUAAGAAAUAUAUCAGUAGUAUUGCGAGAUAAUUCAAAUGAAGACAAGUUACUAGCAUGGGCUGUUGGAGCAGCAACGAUAAUUGUACUUUUUUUUAUGAUACUCGUGGUGGUACUUGUUGUUUUUCGAGGCAAAUUAUUUGAUAGAACUGAGUUACAUAUGCUUGAGACAAUACCAUUUGAGCAGCAUCAUCAACGAGACAAACAUAGAAGCUCACAAAAUUCACGAUCAAGAAGAGUAUCAAAAAUAGAAACAAAAUCAAAUGAUAAUGAUGAUAACAAUCAAUCACAGACUCAUACAAAUCAAGUAUUUCAUGACACUGAUCAGCAUCCUCCUCUUCCAAUGUCAACGUUCAAUUUAUCAUAAAUAUUUCAGUAUUGUUUUUUUUUUUUGUAAUAUAAAUAUAUAUUUUAAUGAACAAAAG